CGGAAGAACUCGUUUGAGAUCAAACAACGUGUUGCACUGUACAAUAUCAGAAAGACAGUACACCAUGGAACAAGAGCAUUGUGAAACAGCUCUGGAGCAUUUGGUAGAUGCCAAUACUGUGGUAAAUACUGUAGAAACACAGAAAGACCAGAGCAGUGCUUUAGCUCCUGAGUUACUGGAUUCUCUGACAACAGACUCUACAAAAGUUGAGACAGAGUCCCUGACAAAUCCAUUAAGCACUGGCAUUGAAGAUCAGUACUCAAAUAGGCAUAUGGUUGGCACCAAGUCUCCCACACCUGGUACAAAUGAAGUAAAUGGCAAUGUGGUAGCAGUGCCUGAAUGUUCUGAGAAAGCAGAGAAACAUGAUUCUGAUAUACAAAGAGACGGGCCAGAAUUUGAUGCAGGUGGAGCAGGAGUUAAAAAUACCGGAACUGGAAUACUUGAAAUGAAUCAAGUGGCUGAUCACACAUCUCAGAGUGAAGACAUGGAGAUUACAGUGUCAUCAAGAAUGGAGACACUUAAUUUUAUGAACACUCCUGAAGCUGCUGAAGCAGAGAGCCUGCCGGCUGGGAAGAAUGUUACAUUUCCUCAGGUUUGCAUGAUAUUAAGGAGUGAUGACAAGGAGACUAACCCGAGUGAAGAAAGUGACGACAGCAGCUCAUCUGAGGACUCCUCUUCCGACAGUGAUUCAGAUUCCUCUUCUUCCUCGUCCUCCUCCUCUUCAUCUUCUGCGCUUCUGCCUGCUACACUAGGUGAAGCUGAUGAUGAUGAUGAUGAGUGCAUGGCUUUUGGUAAUGGGAAAAAAGCACAUCCUGUUAAAACUAAAGAUGAAAUUCUCAUUGAGGACCUGCCAACUGUGGAAGAUGUGACUAUAAUUCUGCCCGAAGAUGUUGAAGUGAAGCCAAUUGGAGUAGUCUCAAGUAUAAUUGAGCAAUUAGUAAUAGUUGAAUCCCUGAAAGAUACACCACCCCUUAAAGAUGAAAGUCUCCUAUUUAAUGAUAAAAGACUUGCAAUUGGAAAGGUAUUCGAAAUUUUUGGACCUGUGUUCCAUCCAUACUAUGUUCUUCGCUUCAACUCUGUAGAGCACAUUACAGCGAAAGACCUCAAAAUGCAUGAUACAGUUUAUUUUGCACCUUCUGUGAAAGACUUUACUGAGUACAUCUUCACUGAACAACUUCAAAAUGAGAGAGGUUCUGAUGCAUCAUGGAAAAAUGACCAAGAACCACCCCCUGAGGCUUUGGAUUUCAGUGAUGAUGAAAAAGAAAAGGAAGCCAAACAAAAGAAGAAAAAACCCCAGAAUCAGUUGAAAAAGCAGAAACGUUUUGAUCAAAAGGAGUCAAACAACAACAACUUUAGGGAACCCAUGCAGUAUGGACAACAGAUCCAAACUCCACCUAGGCAAGAGGGUAGAAAUGUUCAGCACUGGGGAUACAACCCCCAUUCUGAAGAGGGGAGCUUUCCAAACAGAAGUUUCUCAUUCUCAAACAGGCCAUUCCUUCCUCAGGACAGCAGAAUGAUGGCACUACCUGGACCAUUUCCAUCCCAUCCCCGACAUCCACACGAACGUGUUAUGUUACCUUGUCCCUACCCUCCACCACCUCAGUACCCAAAUGCAAUGCCUCCGUUCCCCCCUCCCUUCCCCCCUCACCUUGCUAUGAAUAUGCCAUGGCCUCAUCAUGAGAUGGGGCCUCCACCUCCACUUCAUGGUGCCCCCUUCCAUCAGCCUCCUCCCCCACCCCCUCCCCCACCCAGUUACCCUAAUUCAGGAUGUCAUUUUCCCCCUCAGAGUGGGUCGCAGUACUAAAUAGCAGAAUUUGCUGCACAGUGUUGUUAUCUGACCAGUAGUAAUACACAUUACAUUACUGUAUGUAUACAAUCUGAAAGUGAGACUUUGUGUAGUUUUUGACAAUGCGUUUUAUUUUUGUAUUAGGAGUAACCAUUUGUAAUUGUAAAGAUUGAGGGUUCAACACCCUUCAUGUUGAUGCUUAAUGCAGAAAAUGUGUGUUACAAAUUAAUAUUUGUUUUCACCCCUUUUUUUUCAAGUUCUGGCAUAAAUGCUCCUGGGCUUUUGCAUAAGAAUUUAUUUGAAGACAAACUUGGCUUUGUAAUCUCAAUUGUUAAUACCUCUCCUUAAAAAGAAUAUAAUAUUUUUUGGUCAACUAUUUAGAAUUAGAAAGGGAUGAUGUGGUAGAGUGCAAGUGUUUUUCUUAACACCCGAUUUAAUAAGUUCCAAACAUAAUUCUGUCUUCAUGGGACAGACUGAUGUUCCUUUAAUUUCUUGCCUGAUACUAAUCUUUAAUAACUGUACUGCAAGGAAAUGCAUUAAGGCUCAAUUGUGGUACAUUUCAAUACAUUUAUUAUGUACAACGAAUUUGGAGCCCUGUGUUUCAGCUUAUAGUUUUCUGACAUUUUUGCACUGCAUCAGAAAUACUAAGGUAGAGAUGUUAUGCUCUAUAAAUAGGACUUUACUUCCCGUUUCUUAGCAACAAGAGUUAGCACCCCUUACUGAGCUCUGCAGUGACAGCCUGCUGGUUGCUUUCCUGUAUUCUGUAAUCUUAGGACACAUGAGGCAUAUUCCUUUAGUGGAUAUUAUAUUUGUAUAUAUGUGAGAUUCACCACUGUUAGUGCAGAGUAUGGAACUAUACUCUAAAAAGAAAAAAAAGGUUUUAAAACCAAUUAAGCAGGAAAAGGCUUUUAGAAUAACACUUGUAAUACUGAAUCCCCAUUGCCUUGCUGUUUCGGCAAAUGCAUUUCAAAACAUAUAUUCCUUUUUGUACAAUGUUUAUAUUUUAUGUAAAAUGUAUUUUUUUGCAUAA